AGGAAUGAGAACGCUAAACUGCAGGACAUCUCACGAAUAUGCAAGUCGGUUUGCCAUAUUAAAGUUUAGAAGUGCUAUUGUAGAUAUUAGAACAACCAUCGAACGAGAAGGGUCUUUGCACGAAUUUGAGAUGGCAAGCGUGGUAAAUCUGCUGCCCAAAUCAGUGGAUGAAGCAAAGUCAGUCAUACUGGAAUUGCUAGAGGGAUGCACGAAGAACGCUAUACUAUACACAAUAUAAUGUAUACUAA